UUGCUAAAAGGUCUUGCAUCCAUUCUCUUUUAUAGGCUCAUAAAGGAAGUGGAAAAUCUUCAAGAUUGCUCCGUUUUAAUUCCCCUUUACAAAGUCGGUAGAGAGGAACUACUUGAGAAACUGAGCGAACAUUUUUCGGAACCUAUCUCAAUGAGCAGCCAACGUCUUGCCAUACGAAGAGUAUGCGGUCUAAGAGGUGGUGAAUUCAGUGAUGAAGCAGAUACAACUGCACGGAUACGAACAUCACAAAGGCAGGCGAAAAGCGUUCUCGCUGCGUUAAAAAGGAUGUCACAGCCAACAGUGGUUGUGGAUCUCUCGAUUCGUGAUGACUACAAGGAUGUCAUAGCAGAAAAUCUGGUGACUGUACCGUAUUCUGAUCAUUCCUCGAAGCUUGAAAUCUGCUCCUUCUUAUCAAGGUUAAAAUUCGGAGAACUGGUACCUACUGGAGCACCUAUGAAGUCCUCCACAGCGGAGGAAUUGAUGAAACUCUCGAGAGAAAAGAUCACUUGUCCAACUGGUGAUGAUAUUCAGACGAACAUGGACGCGCGACCAAUUGAACUGGGCCAGACGGAAGCGAUCACUGCGACUCCUCCAUUAUUGAAAUUCGACUAUUCCUGUCUAGAGCCUAAAAAAUUGGAUGUUUUCAAGACAGAAGGAGUGGAUUUGCUUAAAUUUGUCUCGUUCACAGAUUUGGGAAGAUUUGGGAAGGUACGCAUCAAAGCCUUCGAAUUCAGGUCCGAUAAAAGUGAAGUUUUCUCACAUUUAUACUUCAUAAUUAUUUUCUUCUUUGCACUCAACUCCCAUUAA